CGUGGCGAUCGAGAUUCGGUCGCCACGACCACGGAUGUUUUUCCGUGCGAAUUGCAGCAGCAACAGCCUCGAUCAACUUCAUGGCCUUCUUGUACAUCAUGUGGCUGGCGCGCAUGGUGAUAGACCGAUGGUGUUGCACCGUGCAUCGCUUUGCCUUGUGCGACCUGGCGCGGUGCGCGGCGCUCUACUGCCAGAGACAUCCCCCGUCCCGGGCGGCGUGGGCGACCCUGCUCCGAACCGCCAUGAUAAUCGUAUUCCUAUUUGCCGCUGGACUGUGGGUGAACACAAUCUGGAACGAAGGGGCGUACCCCGAUGCCGUCAGCGUCUUUCAAGUGCUGCAUCACGUGGCAUCCUCAGUGGCACUUUUGACAGAGAUGAUGGAGGUCUUGUUCGUGGGCCCUGCAAUGCUGCUGUCGGUGCUCAUUGCGGACUUACGCAAGGAGUGUGAGGCGCUCAUCAAGCAGACGCGACUUCCCCGCCCUCUAGUGUCCUUGAAAAUGGAUUCUGCAUUCAGCAACCAAGACUAUGCCGGUAGGAUCAAACAGCCGCAUAAUGAUACGGUCGAGAUGUGGAGGUCCUUCCGAGUACGACAGCAGUUCUUGCACGACAUGACCAUCGGGCUGAAUGCCAUGUUCGCACUCGUUCAUCUAGUAAAGACCUGCCACAUUUUGUACGUCGCCUCCUUGUCCACGUCGCAUGGGAUAAUCUACCUAAUGCUGGACUCCCCGGCGUGGCAAAGUUACAUCCCGCUGCUGUACAGCGUCCUCGCCUGCGCCACGUUCGUCGGCUUGUGCUGCACGGCGCAGAUGGCCGAAAACGAGCUUGCUCUUCUCAGCAACGGUCUGUUGGGAUUCUUAGCCCAAAAACCGGAGGUCUCGCCUGGAACCAAACAAGAGAUAGAGCUUUUCGUGCGGUCGGUGAGGUGGCAGCGUGGACGCUUCAAUGUUUACGGAAUAUUCUACCUGAACACUAACACUAUGAAGGCGGUGCUGGGCUGCAUCAGUACCUACGUUGUCGUUCUGUGGCAAUUCGACGCCAGAAUGAGCUGAAAUUGGGAAGUCUGCUACAAUCUUCCAGCCUGUGGCUGCUGAACCGACUAUGACACAUGCGCCCAGACUCGCGCUUAUUUUGUGGGAAAUGUCUCUGUAUUCAACAGAUUACCUUUUCGAACCAAUUUGUUAGCUUUUCUGGACAGAAAAGCGAACAAACUGAAAUUUGCACAGCACUCUUAUAAAUAAUGUUUACA